GGCAGCGCCGAGCCCCGUGGAGCGGCAUGGCCGGGGGCCGGGGGAGCCGCCGCCCGGCCCUGCCCGCAGCCCUGGGGCUCUGCCUGUCCCUCUGCCUGUCCCUCUGCCUGUCCCUCUGCCUGUCCCUCUGCCUGCUGCCGCCGCCCGCCGCCGCCUGGAGCCCGGCCCUGCUGCCGCCCGCCGCCCGCAGCAACUGGUGCUCCUACACGGUGACACGGACGGUGUCGUGCCACAUCCAGAACGGCACCUUCCUCCAGAGGGUCUUCCAGGGCUGCCGCUGGCCCCUGGCCUGCAGCGGGGGCAGCUACCGCGCCGUGGUGCGGCCGCUCUACAGGGUGACCUACAGGACACUGACAGCGCUGGAGUGGCGCUGCUGCCCCGGACACGCCGGUGCCAGCUGCGAGCAAGGAGGCGAUGCCCCCCGGGGGGGUCCCCCCGUGCUGACCCCCCUUUCCUCGGCAGAGGCUCUCACCUCCCUCACCCUGCGGGACCCCGGGCGCCCCAGCGCCGCCCCCCGCCGGCCCCCCCUGCACCCCACGUCCUUCUCAGGGUGCCUGAACUGCAGCCGUGUCGGGGAGCUGACAGCCCGGCUCGCCUCCCUCGAGGCGCAGGUGGCCCGGCUGGCGGUGGCCGAGCCCCCCGUGCCCGCAGCGCCCAAAGGCAGCAGCCCGGGCAGGGGACCCCCGGCCGGGCAGCUCUGGGGGUCCCCGGCCGCCCGCGGGAGCCCCGGGGAUGACGGGAGACCCGGCUGGAGGGGACCCCCCGGCCCCAAGGGCGACGCGGGAGGACGGGGACCCUCGGGAAUCCCCGGGGUGAAGGGUCCAGCGGGGCCACCAGGUCCCCCCGGGCCCCCAGGACCGCCCGGCCGGGACGGAGCCAGGGGGCUCCCUGGGGAGAAGGGGUCCCCCGGGCCCCCCGGCCCCCCGGGCCCCCCUGCCCCUGUGGGGCCGGCGAUUCCCCGGCUGGCCGAGCCCAGGGACCCCGUCCUCUCCAACACCUUCACCGAAGCCACCGGGAGCGUCACGGGUCCCGUGGGACCCCCCGGACCCGCGGGGCCGAUGGGGCAGAGCAGGAGCGCCCGGAGCCCCCGGGGAGAAGGGGGACAGGGGUCCCCAGGGCCACCCGGGCAGCCGCGGGCAGGACGGGGCGCAGGGCGAGCCGGGCCCCCGCGGCGAGCCGGGCGAGAGGGGCACUUGGGGGGAGGGUUUGCACCAGCUCCGCGAGGCGCUCAAGAUUUUAGCCGAGAGGGUUUUAAUCUUGGAAACAAUGAUUGGGCUCUACGAGGCCGAGCCCGGCUCGGGCAGCGGUGCCCCCGGCACGGCGACCCCCGGGGGGCCCCGCGGCAGGCGGGGCAGCGGCCGCCCCCCGUACCGCACGGUCACCGCCCGCCGCCGCGCCCCCCCCGAGCCGUGACGGGGACGGGGACAUCACCGCGGCCACCCCGCCGUGCCACCCUGGGGAGCAGGCCCGGGUCACCCCCGUGCCCCCUCUUGGUGCUACUGGUGGCACGGCACCGCCCCCGCACGACGCUUCGCCCCCGCCGCUGCUCGGGCCCCGGGAGCGCCGGGGCUGUCCCCAAGGCCACUCCUGUCCCCCCGCCGUGGGGCAGCUCCGGGGGGACGGGCUCUGUCCCACCCCCGCCGGGGGAGGGAUUGGGGGGCCGGAGGUGGGGACCCCCGGGCGGGGACCCCGCUGCGCCGCGCGCUUCGCUGCUUUGGGACCCCAGGGCAUUAAAUGUCCCCAAACCCGCGUGCUGUGGGGUCACUUGGGGCGCCAGGGACAUCCCAGGGGACACCGGCACCGAGGGCACGGGGUAAGGGAUG